AAAAAUAAAAAAAGAAUGGGAGCGUUUACUUAUAAUAAGAUGUUGAAGCAUUGGACAUGAAUUCGAAACAACAUCAAUGGAGGAGCUUCCACAUGCAGUUUGUGCGAAGGGAUUUCAGUCGUUAUGGUUUGGCGCCAUCCUUCUCUUUUCUAUCAACAUUUCAUGGUUGGAAUCUGCCACCAUUUCAGGAAACGAAACCGAUCGACUCGCUUUGCUCGUCUUCAAAGACAGUAUAAGCAGUGAUCCUCUCCGCGCCUUGGUUUCUUGGAACCAUACACUCCACUUCUGUGACUGGCUACGAAUCACAUGUGACAUUCGUCGUCGAAGAGUCCAGGUCCUCAAUCUACAGUCCAAGAGCUUGGUGGGAUCCUUACCUCCCAACAUAGCCAACCUCACUUUCCUUGAAGAAAUCAACCUCCAAAACAACAGCUUCUAUGGCCCCCUCCCACAAGAAUUGGGCCGCUUGUCUCGCCUGCAACGCCUCAAUCUUGGGAACAAUUCAUUUGGUGGGGGAAUUCCCGCCAAUCUAAGUAGCUGUUCCGAUCUCAGAGUAAUCACUUUGAUCGACAACAUAUUCGUGGGGAGGAUUCCCGCCGAGUUUAGCUCUUUGUCCAAGCUCAUCAGACUGCACCUUCCGGCCAACAAUCUUACAGGAAUCAUCCCACCUUCGUUUGGAAAUCUUUCAUCUCUGACUCAUCUUUCUCUAGCAAGAAAUAGUCUAGAGGGAAGCAUCCCAGAAGAACUUGGUCGGAUCACAAGCUUAAAAUUCCUUCAAAUCUCUCAAAAUGAACUGUCUGGUACAAUUCCAUCCUCUCUGUAUAACGUGUCAUCUAUCUAUUUCUUCUCCGUGGCAAGCAACAAGCUUUAUGGAAGACUCCCACCUCACUUGGGACUCUCUCUUCCCAAUCUCCGAGUGUUUCUCGUGGGAGGCAACCAGUUCACAGGUCCCAUUCCAAUCUCAUUAUCGAAUGCAUCAGGACUUGUGCUCCUUGAUUUUGCUUUUAACAAUUUAAGUGGACCAGUGCCUAUGAAUUUGGGAAGUCUACACAACCUAUCGGUGCUGAAUUUUGUCUUCAAUCAACUUGGAGGCAGUGAGGCUAAUGACUUGAGUUUUAUCACUUCUUUGACAAACUGUAGCCGUCUGGAGGUGUUGGCUCUGAGCUCCAAUCAGUUCAAAGGGGUGUUGCCCAACUCCUUUACAAACCUCUCUACCCAUCUUAGAACACUAAUGAUGGGAAGAAACCAGAUAUCUGUAAGCAUACCCCCAGGGAUUCAGAACCUCGUGAACUUAACAAGUUUUGUAACACAAUGGAACGAAUUCACUGGUACAAUUCCUGAUUCUAUUGGGAAGCUUUCGAAAUUGCAAGCGUUAGGCAUGACUAGUAAUAAAUUUUCUGGGUGGAUUCCGGCAUCCCUCGGCAACCUGACUCUGUUGAAUACACUCUACUUAGAUGGAAACAAUUUGGGUGGAAGUAUUCCUGCGAGUCUUGGAAAUUGCCAGAAUCUGCAAGCCUUGGACCUUUCUGGAAAUAACCUUACUGGUAAUAUACCUUCUAGUCUUGGGAAUUGUCAGAGGCUACUAGAAUUGUACCUUUAUCAGAAUUACAUUAGUGGCUCUAUACCUAAAGAAGUUCUUAGCAUUUCCUCCCUAUCAAUUUCCCUCAACUUAGCUCAGAACUCUUUGACUGGCAGAUUACCGUUGGAAGUUGGUAACUUGAAAAAUCUUGAGAGAUUGGAUAUUUCUGAGAACAAAUUAUCUGGUGAAAUUCCUAGCACGCUUGGCAGUUGUAUAAGCUUGGAAUCCCUUCGUAUGGAAGUUAACUUCCUUCAAGGAAUCAUUCCUCUGUCUUUGAGGACUUUAAGGGGUAUCGAAGUCCUUGAUCUUUCUCGUAACAAUUUGUCUGGGCAUAUCCCUAGAUAUCUAGCAGAGUUCUCUUUCCUAAAAAAUCUUAAUCUGUCUUUCAAUAGUCUCGAGGGUGAAAUACCGAUAGAAGGGAUAUUUAGAAAUGCAAGUGUGGUUUCUAUCCGUGGAAAUAGUAAGCUUUGUGGAGGUACUCCAGAGCUGCAGUUUCCUGCAUGCCAUGUCCAAGCCUCCAAAAGACGAAGAUGGUCACUUGCUCUCAAAAUAACAAGCCCAAUAAUUACUGUGUUCAUAUGUCUGGUAUUGUGCAUCGGCGCCAGAUGUUGGUUAAGAAAGAUACGAAAGAAACCAUCUUCCAUGUCUUCGAUGGGGAAUCGACAUAUAAAGCUUUCUUAUGCAGAGCUGCUUAAAGCUACUAAUGGGUUCUCUUCGGAAAAUUUGAUUGGUGAGGGAGGCUAUGGCUCUGUAUAUAAAGGAAUUUUGGAUGGUGCUAAAGCAACAACUGUUGCGGUGAAGGUACUGAACCUUGCACAUCGAGGAGCUUCCGAGAGCUUUGUGGCUGAAUGUGAAGCGCUGAGGAAUGUCCGCCAUCGGAAUAUCGUCAAGAUCUUAACGUCCUGCUCAAGCUUGGAUUUCAAGGGUAAUGACUUCAAAGCCCUGGUUUUUGAGUUCAUGUCGAAUGGAAGUCUGGAGAGUUGGUUACAUCAAAAAGAAGAUAGGCCACAUCAGUGGCGGAAAUUUAGCCUUAUUCAGAGAAUAAAUGUGGCCAUUGACGUGGCUUCCGCAUUGGAUUAUCUUCAUCAGGGGUGUCAAAUGCCGGUUAUUCAUGGUGAUCUAAAGCCAAGCAACGUUCUUCUCAACGACGACAUGAACGCCCAUGUGAGUGAUUUUGGGUUAGCGAGGUUCCUUCAUCAGCCUUUUGAUAAUUCUUCCUCAAUUGGGAUAAAGGGAUCCAUAGGGUAUGUCGCUCCAGAGUCCGGAUUGGGCAGCCAACCCUCCAUACUCGGAGAUGUGUAUAGUUAUGGGAUCUUAUUGUUGGAAAUGUUUACGGGAAAACGACCGACCGAUGAGAUGUUUAAAGAUGGUCUCAACCUUCAUAAACUGGCAAGGAUGUCUUUGCCUGAGCGGGUAAUGGAGAUCAUCGAUCCCCUAUUGCUCUCACAAGAAGAAGAAAUCAAUGGUGAUACAAGUUACAAUAACAUGACAAGUGGAAUUAAGUGCUUGGCCUUGAUCAUCAGCAUCGGUGUCACAUGUUCUACAGAAAUGCCAAGGGAAAGAAUGGAGAUGAAAGAUAUCGUGGUAGAAAUGCACGCAAUCAGGGACUUAAUACUUGCGGGUCCAAGCCACUAUUAGAGAACAAGAAGAGAACAACUACAGUGUUUGGUGCAUCUUAACUAUGUGACUCAUGCAAGGUAGUUAAGAUCCUUCAACUCUGGCAGCAAGCUAUCACCUUUAUUUCCAGGCACCAAAUUCUGCAUGUUAAAUGUGACUGCCACCAACUCAAUUUGGACAGCUCCAUUAGAAGCAGCACGUGUAAAGGAGCAGCAGGAGCCAUUAUUUGUGCAUUGCGGCCUAUUCAAUGAAGGUAGUUGACUGAUCAUCUAAUGCAGCAGAGUGCUUUGCUCUUCUUCUCAGUCAUAAAUUGGCUAUCAAACUUCCUAUCCAUGACUUGGAGAUUGAAGAUGGCUCCACUCCGAUUAUCAAAUCUCUGCUCAAACCAGUUAACGUGUAUCGACCGAUCGUAAAGUGUUGCAUAUUGUUGCAACUAAAUCAUAGAAGGUCCAUGUUCCAUGUGUACAGAGAAGCGUAUGCCAUUGCAGACAUUUUGUCCAAAUCCGCCCGUGAGAAUUAUACUGUAAAUAUUCUUCUUUUGGACAAAUAGCUUCUAUAUUUACUCUCAUUUUUUCCUCCUAAUAUAUAUUUCCUCUACUUGUUAAGAAGAGGAGAAGGUAAAAAAAAAAAAAAACUUUCGUGAGUCAUUAUUUUCAAACCCAUUUAAUCACUAGUUUAUAACACUUGUUAUAUUGUUGACUAAGGAGAUUGACAUUGGUAGUUAUAAUAAAAUAGGUGUUACUCUUCCUAUUUUUCAUAUUCUUAAUUAUGCAUAGAUAUUUUUGAAUGAAUAAAUGGACUUAAAAAAAAUGACCAUAUGGUCUAUAUCUUUGCCGAGCAUGGUGUUGAAAGAUUAAGAGAUAGAAAUGGAAUGCCUAGGAGGCAUAGAGUUAUUGUCCCUCCAUAAAUUGAAGUAGCAGCAUGUGUAUGGUGAUCCAAACCAUGCACUACAUAUGAUAAAUGGAUGAAACAUGGGAUCCAUCAUCAAUUGUCCACAAACAGAAUUGCCUUGAUUAGAUUACCACAACCAUAUGAUAAAUGAAUGAAUUAUUAUUUCGAUAAAGGGGUAAGAAUCUUCUAAUGAAUGUGAUUUUUGGUCCAUGGCCCACUGACUAGGAUGGAGGAACAGUCAUACCUGCAAAGGCACUUGAUAAGAUGUAAUGUGCCACAUCCAGGAUAGAAAGUUGGCAGGGAUGCCACUCUUUUCAUGCCUCAAGAAUUUAUUUAUUUUCAUUUUGACCUUGAAACAUAGAAUUAUGGUAUUGCCCUUUUCAUGCCUAAAGGUAUAUAUAUUUUUCAUUGUGACCUUGAAAAUAUAUCUUAACUUGAGGGAAGAUACUUGCAAAAAAUGGAUUGCAGGUGAAGUUAACCUAUAAGCCUAUUGUUGCACAUGAUCAGUCCUUGUGUAAAUGGGAACUCCACUAAUGCCACUGAUGUGCCACUCAUUGUCAGAUACCUGGACCAUGCAGACGGUAGGACUCACCAUGAAGAUCGUCUUGCAGAUAUAUCAGGCGGGUUGACUCAUUGGGUGGGCCAAACUAUUGGAAUAGAUGGACAGCUGAUGGUGCAACUCGACAUGCAUGCGUGCAUAACUUAAUGAGUGGAU